CCGAACCUGAGCCGUGUUUUGAUAAACUAGCUGGAUAUUUGAUAGAAGCAAAAAGAGAUGAAUGACAGCAAUCCUUAUUUUUGUUUAGCUUAAAUUAGGACUUUAAACAGCUGCUAAGCUAGCUUUUAGCAGCUGUUUAAAAUCUUUUUCUCCUUGCAGCCAGCUAAUAGAUAGCUAAAGCGUUUAUAUUCUCAGAUCCAUUACACAAAUAAUAGACAAUCUGGAAAUGCAGGCAGUAAGCUGUAUUUAAGAGCAUCAGUGAAACAUGUCACUAGCGACAGUGGGAAACUUUUUUCACCUAAAGUCUUCAGUUUAUUGAUCGUCGAUUUUUCCAAUGUUUUGCACAUGCGCAAGAAUCCAGUAGAAGAGUAGACAAAGAAGGUGCCAAUAAGCCGCAAAUGCACGCAUAUAUAAGCACGAGUUCGAACAACUUUUCAAAUUAAAUUGUCGGUUGUCCACCGAAACCGCCUAGAGUAUUCCGGAAAUUCAAUUCUUUGUAACAUACCAUGUGAACGAUAGUUGGAAGAAGGCGCUUGAAGAGAAAGGAGUUAAUAAAGUGUAUAUGUGAGUUAUUUAUCAAGUAAAUUUUAUUAAAAACCAUCAAAAACAGUUCUUUUAAGAACUCCGCGACCACAUAGUAAGUUUAUUUUAAUUUUUAUAUUUUUCUGAAUCAUUAGUGUCUGUUUUUCUUUUUUUAUUUGGGCAUUGUUCAGGUCUAUUCGGGUAUUUUCUGGUGCAUACUGGAAUUUUUUUUAAAACGCCGAACUCACCUGAAAACGUCCACACUUUUUACGGCUUAUACGGCUUAUUGCCACCCUCGUAAUAAUAGACAUUGAAGUUGUCUACAAAACUUGAUAAAUUUAUUAAAAGAUUGGAAGAGUGAAGAAUUUUUAAUUUGUUGUGCAUAAAGUUUCUUCUUUUGUACUUUGUUCUUAUAUUUUCAGGUUAUUCUUAACAAAUAAUGCACAGAAACAAAAGAAAUUUAAAACUAGCAUUAAAAUUUGUGAAAAUUUAUUGCAUUUGCUAUUUCAGUCACAUGUAUUGCGUGUAUAUUUACCACGAAAUCAGCCUGUGUGACAGACAAAAUAUGAUGAUUAUUAUGGUAAAGUUGUUAGCCCAUGUAAAGAAUUAAAGGGGCUACGAAACAACUGUUGGUUUUCGACUUUAGCGGCUUACAUGAAAGCUGAGUGAUUGGCGGUGAAAAAGUUUAUGAUCACAGAGGACAAAACAACGUCUUCAAUCAUCUUGAAUAAAAUAUUGGGUGCAUCCAAAUAUAUUAGAAAAUAUAAGAAAAGUUCCCUACAUAUUGAAUAUAUAUCCAUAAUUUAUUCAAUAUAUAUGUGUGUGAUGAAGUUGUUUUAAAAAUAAUGGAAAAAGAAAAAGGUAGUAACCAGUUGUUGUGACUGAUCAAAAUUCUUUCUUCUUGUUGAAUAUUGUGGAGCUGUUUCUUGGUAAAAAUCUUCUUGUUAUCUCUACUGGGUCUGUGUGAGAAACUGAUAGAGCUACAACUAAAUGUUGAAGUUACUUAUCAGAAAGCGACAACGUUGAAUAUAACAUGGAUAAUGUUGGCAUGAACACUUUGAGUUUUACGAUAGAACUAUGCCGAGAAAUGUUAAAUAAAAAAUAAGUGGUCAGAUAAGAAAAUAUAGGUGAAAAGCGAAGUGAAAAAAAUGAAAAGAAAAUGUGGAAUAAUCAAGAAUCUAUUGAUUUUUUUGUUUCAGGUAACAUUAUUUCCAAGAAUAACAGCUAUAUAUAAAGUGAAAGUGAAAUCGGAAAGUAACUUGUCCAAUACUAAAAUAAAAAUACCUUUCCCUGAAAAUCCUCCUCACCCAUUAGAUUUUCUAAAAUUGAUGGAUAGCUAAAGUUUAAUUCAAAAUGUUUUAAUGGGAAUCGAAUUUGGUAGAUUUUUGUAAAAACUGCCAAAUUCCAGUUAAUUUGUUGUGGCAAGUUGUAUAUAUACAGGGGUGAAUACAGAAAUUUAAUCAUAUUAGUCUAUUUUUUUACAAAGUCAUUAAGAAAAAGGCAUUAAAACUACACAAUUUUAUAUAUAGCUCAGUGAUUUGUUAUUUACUAGUUUAAAAAUAGUAAGAAAGUUUCCCUGUACAAUUUAUCUACAUUUAUGUAACUAGCUAAAAACACAAUCUAUACAAAUGUUACAAAAUUUGCUUCUACCUAUAACACUGUCCGUCGAUAAACAAAGUUCACCAGAAAAUAGUAUUUUUCAAGGUCUUUUACCAUUCUUUCAAGCUAUAUAAAUUGUUGAUUUAAAAAGAGCAUUUAUUCCAUGUCACAUCAGCUUGUAAUUUGAAAAUUCACAGUGGCAGGCACAAAAUCUUUUUUUAUCCAAAUUUAACUGAGAGCAAGCUUUAAUAAGAAAACAUUGUGCAUAUUAUUUUUUCAGCUGACAAAAUACUUUCUAAAAACACCCACAUACCAUAGCUACAAAGUUUCACAUUCAGUGCAGCAUGGAAAACUCUUCACAAGUCACCCACAAUGAAUUUAUCAGGAUGUAGUUGCACAAUUUUUGCAAAGUUCUUAUUUCUCUGCUAAUUUAUAACUUUGAUAAAUCUUCGAAAGGAAAUAUGUUGUUUAUUAUUUUAUUUUUGUUGCGAAAAAAUAUUGUAUGAAGAAGUAGAGCAUCAUUUGUUUCUGUUUUUAACUGUUUUAUGGUAUUUCACAGGCGUGGCUUAUAUUUUUAACAUACUUAUGUCAAAGGUAUGGGGUUGUUUUAUACAUUUUAUGAUUACAUGCUACCUUUAUUUAUAUUUUUUUGCACCUAAGGCAACAGAAAAUGAAAGUAUGGCCAAGUAUGUUGAGAUUAAAUAAUGGGGUAUAAUUUAUGUUACUAUUUCUACAUUGAAUUAAACCAAAAAAUUGAAUUUUGUGAAACAAAAUGCAUUACGCAGUUUCUUGUUUAUUACACCGGAUCAUUGUUGAAUAUGGGCUCAUAUAUAUAUUAUACGCAUGUGUUUAUUAUAUAUGCGUAGAAAUUCUAUAGAAAUUUAACCUGUCAAGGAAGCCACCCAGGAAGAUGUUUGCAAUAAGUGAAAUACUUUUUUAAAAUUGUAGAAACAAGGCUUUUGAUAAAAAAAUUUAGUACAUCCACCUGACUAGCUUGACAUAUCCUAAAUCCGUGGCUGAUUUCUGCUUUUUAGAUAAUAAAAAUAAUAAGGAUGCUUGAAGCACUAUAUAUAUACCUGGGGCGUCUCAGGAAGUACUUUGUUCCUUUCCAGCUUAAAAUGCAUGUGUUAUGUUAGCAACAAAAUUUAUGAAUUAAGUUUAGCCUGGUUCUACAAUUAUUCAUUGGCAGUUAGUUCCGUCUAAAGCAGUAAUAACCUUCCUUUUACCACCCAUUUCUCAUUUUCAUACUCAUGCGGCAAUACUAGCAGAUGUGCUACAUCAAGCAUAAUACAAAAAUAUCUAUUGUAUGGUUUAUAAAUGUAGGUGAUCAUAAAUACAUAAAUCAUUUCAGUGUGAAGAAAUUGUAAAAAGUAAAAGAAGAUGGGUGCAGUUCUUGGAUCUCAAAUGCGUGAAACUAUGGAGGAAAAUUUCAAAAAGAAUCAAGAAUUUAUGUUGGCUACCCAAAAAAUGCAGUUAGGAAGGCAAAUGGCUAUGCAGCAACUUAUGCAACAGAGAAUGAUGGCUGUCCAACUAGCUCGUCAGCGGGAAAUGUUUAAUUGGGUAGCAGCUUUUACUGGUACAACAUCAGUUGUACUUCUGCUCGGGUUUAUGCGUAAGAAAAAUCCUGCAGCACUUGCACCGUUGCUACCACUUGGUUUCAUUACUGCAUAUCAAUACGAUGCUGUGUAUGGUGAUAAAAUGACAAGAAUAAGAGCUGACGCUGAGUAUAUUUUGGACGAGCAAUCAAAUAUGGUUGAAUUUCCAAGAGGCAAGUUAAAACUAGAAGAUGUCGAGAAAUUUCGAAAUCAGUAAUUAUUUUGAAUGCCAAAUUGAUAGAACUUUCGUGGCUGGACCUUUUAAAAAACCCUGGUUUUAUUAUUUUUUCUUUUUCCUGUUUUUUUGUAUUUUUUUUUUGUAUUUUAUUUUUUCAUGCAAUUUAAUAUAUAGCUUUAUAAGCUAA